CGAAGUUUCUGGGAUGGAUGGGGAGUAGAGUUAGGGCCUUUUUUGUGUUUUGCGUGGGAUUUUUGUAAUCUUUACCUGUUGUCCUCUUUUUCAUUAAAAAAAAAAAAAUCAAAUUACCAAACCCGAAACUGGAAUCGGUGAAUCCUAUGGGUAAUCUUGAUUCCGACGUUCCUAUGGUGCCCGCCGGCGACGCUGCCGGUUCUUCUUCCAAAAAGCCUAAGCGAUUCGAGAUUAAGAAGUGGAACGCCGUCGCUCUCUGGGCUUGGGAUAUUGUUGUUGAUAAUUGUGCUAUCUGCCGGAACCACAUCAUGGAUCUCUGCAUUGAAUGCCAGGCCAACCAGGCUAGUGCCACCAGUGAGGAAUGUACCGUAGCCUGGGGGGUAUGCAAUCAUGCUUUCCACUUCCAUUGCAUCAGCCGAUGGCUCAAGACCCGUCAAGUUUGUCCUUUAGAUAACAGCGAAUGGGAGUUUCAGAAGUACGGUCACUAGAGCUUUUAUCAGGCUUCUUGAACCCUUGGAGCAGCUGCCUUACUUUUACUAUAGUUGUCUGGGAAUGAUUUUCGUUUUGCAGCUCUAAAUUUUUCACUCUUUUACUACUGUAAGGGAAGCUUUUGUCUACGUAUUUGACAAUUUACAAAUCUAUGUAGAUAACAGAGUACACUAAAAUUUUGAUUUAGGUGGUGUUUGGGAAUUUGAAAGAAGUGCCUUUUCACCCCCAAACUAUGGUUUGGGCCAGAUAAUUUUUUAAGAAAUCAUGGUUUGAUCCAAAACUAUGGAUUGCGAGGGGUAAACUAUGGUUUGAGGAAAAGCCAAAAAAGUUUUCUUUUUGAAGGAACCGUGUGUCAGGUGAAAUUGUUGUGUCAGAUGAAUAUUGGUUAUUAUAUACAUGGACAAGGCUAGCAAUCAUGCCCUCUUAUUUC